AUGAAAAAUCUUUCAGUUUUCUUAUUUGUUUUGAGUAUUUGCAUACUUCAUCAUCAUGUAUCAGGCGCUGGAAUCAGAAUCGCAAACGAAUUAAAAUGGCAGAAAUUUCUUUGGAUGAGGUGUUAUUCCAAAAACGACGUCAUUGGUCCAAAAAUAAUAGGGAUAGGACAACAUUAUACAUUUUAUUUUGGGGUUAAUUUUUUUCAGACAACUCGUUUUAUGUGUACUUUAAAACAAGGACCUAACUAUAGACAUUAUCAGAAUUUUACAGCAUUCAAGGUUUUCAGCAAUUUAGACACAGGAGGUCUAUGGGAUUAG